AAAAAAAAAAAAAAAAAGAAGUUGAAAUGGCAAUUGGAAGGGGCUUCGAUUCAAAUCCCUAAAUCCCAUCUUCGUUGUGAGUUUGGGUUUGGCUCCAUUACUUUCGUUCAAAUCAAAGCAUGAGCGAGCCUGAGACUUUGGUGGAAGCGGCUCUGCGAGUUCUGAACACGCCGGAUCCAGUUGAGAAGGCACGUCUAGGCGACGAAGUGGCAACCAAAUGGCUACAAAAUCGCAUCACGCAACCCUACGAUCCUGACCGAGACUUCAUGGUACCCGAUCGUCCGGCCAGGCUUGCCACUGUCGAGUUGGUGCCACCCGGGCUCAUGCCGAAGCUCGGGAAAGCUGGAAGCUUGCAGAGCAGGCAGGCCAUUCUGCACAGCCUUGUCCACACUGAGAGCUGGGCUAUUGACUUGUCUUGGGAUAUAAUUGCUCGUUUUGGUAAGCAAGAGGCGAUGCCAAGUGAAUUCUUCACUGAUUUUGUCAAGGUUGCUCAAGACGAAGGUCGACACUUCAGCCUCCUUGCGGCACAACUUGAGGAGCUGGGUUCCUUCUAUGGUGCAUUGCCAGCUCAUGAUGGUCUCUGGGACUCUGCCACUGCAACAUCUCAGGACCUUUUGGCACGUUUGGCAAUUGAACAUUGUGUUCACGAGGCUCGGGGGCUUGAUGUGCUGCCCACCACUAUCUUACGUUUCCGCAAUGGAGGUGAUAAUGAAACAGCUGAUUUACUGGAGAAGGUGGUUUACCCAGAAGAGAUUACCCAUUGUGCUGCCGGAGUAAAAUGGUUCAAGUAUCUUUGCUUCAGGUCUGGAAGCAUCUCAGGCGGCAACAGGUGGUCCUCUCAAGAAGUAGUUGGAGCCGGUGAAAAUAACGAUGAUGUGAUUAACAAGUUCCAUCAGACGGUAAGAGCAUAUUUCAAGGGGCCGCUGAAACCUCCUUUCAAUGAGGCGGCUAGAAGAGCUGCGGGUUUCGGUCCACGAUGGUACGAGCCUCUUGCAACCAAAGGGGCCAAACCAUAACGACAAGGCACAACGUAACUUCAAUCUAUGAUUCCCAGUCAGUUGAGUUUCCGCAUCCUACUCUUUAAGAGGUGCAUUUCUUCUGAAUUUUGAAGUGUGAGUUUCGGAUGUAGUUUGAGGAAGAUGGCAUCCAGAAACGUGAGGAUCUUUUCUGCUUUUGAACAUCGUUAAUUUGCUACAAGGUGCCAUGUACCUGUAAUUUUGUCAGGUUAUGGUGCAUCUUCACCAUCUUUGCUAACUAGAAGUAGAGAUUUUUGGCGACAGUCAAAACUAAAUCAGAAGGCCCUGUGCAACCCCACCUAUUUAUUAGAAAUGUAGAACUUCAGUCCCUCUUCUAGGAUUCAAAGAUUUUGAAUGCUCCA